AUGGCCGCAAUGGACAGAUUCUCCUCGGAGCUACAAAUGCUAUUUCAGGAGAUGAUGCCGGUGACAUCGUCCGCAACGCCUCCCAGAGCCGGGCAGAGAGGCCAAGAGUGCGAGAGGUUCGAGCCCCACGGCGAAAGCAGCAGCCUCGGCGUCUCUGGCCGCACCCAAGCGCCAAAUUACAGCCAGCAUGCGCAAUAUGCGAUAUCCGUUCGAGGCUCUAACGGUAUCCAAAUUUAG